AUGAAGUUUCUUAACAGGCAGUUGGCGACUUUACCAUGGACUCACUUAGCUUGGGGGAAACCAUUAAUUCCUAAGCAUGCGUUUACACUGUGGAUUGCUAUCAAGCAAAAACUUUCAACCCUGGACAGAAAAUGUACUUCACACAUUGACUCGGUCACAUGUGUCCUCUGUAACAAUGCUCUGGAAUCUCAUGACCACCUUUUUUACAUGUGUCCAUUUGUUAAGCCUUUGUGGACAUUUAUACAAAUACCUUGUGGGUUCUAUAUCCAACCGACAAAUUGGGCAAGUUUGAUCUCAUGGGCGGCUUACCAUUGGAGAGGGGAAGGUUCUUCUCACAGUAGCUCAUUCUCGAGAUUGGCAUUGGCUUCCUUGGUCUACAAUGUUUGGGCAGAGCAUAAUCGGAGGAUCUUCACGGGGAGAAAAUUGACUCAGAACUCACUCCUUCAUCUCACAUUGGACUCGGUAAGAGCUAAACUCCUAUCUACCUCCAUCAAGGACUCUACCACUAGAAGACAGAUUGUUGAAGAAUGGAAUCUGCCGAGCUCUGUUUUGCGUCAGCCGGCGAAGCCGCCGGACAUCUAA